AUGCCUAAAAGAUUCUUCGAUGAAUCCGAUGAAGAAACUAAGAGCAGUGAAGAUAGUCGAUUGAAUAGCUUGACAGUUCCCGCUCAAAACUUCAAUGAGAAAGCAUGCGGCAUUCCAUCAUCUUGCCCAGGCAAUGCACAAUACCUCGACACGCAAGAAUCACAUGAACCCCAGUUUCGUCACUAUCAUCAAAGUGUUUGUUCAGUCUGUCAUGCUCUCCUCGAAAACUCUCAUGUACUUGAGCUACAUCUAAACGAACUACACAGCUCAUUUUUUAAAUCCAGGCUAGAUAAAGGUGCCUUGGUAUUUGAGUGUCUCAAUGGUCAUUGCUCGGAGGUGUUUUCGACAGUGGAAGGCAGAAAACAACAUAUGAUCAGUUGUCACGACUAUCCUCAAGACUUCGAUUUCACCGCAUUGCUUCUUGGUCACCCGCCAACGUCUAGGAAUUGCUAA